CCCCGUUUGGAUCUGGUUCUCCUUUGGGACGACCAAUAUGGAAUUAUCCUUAGACAUGUCCCGAGCGAAACCUCCCGGACCCAUCUCGCGGAUUCAUGCGUUAACUUGUCUGACAUACGCUUGUGACAUUUAUCACUUUUGGCAGCACUCUGACAGGAUGCCAUCGUACCGUUUGCUGAACUCUCUGCUCCUCGCCCUGUACGGUAAGAAGUGUAUGCUUGUCCUGAGCUACGUGUUGACCCAUGAACCAGCAAUCCCAUACGGUCAAGCGUCAACUGAGGCAGUCUCCUACCCUCACGUGCAUCAGAUCAGAAGCCAAGUUCAUCGCCAGGGUCGAUCACUCAGGUCUCGUGACCAGACUUGGUCACUAAUCAUACCUGACGGCGGACCGUCCGAGGCAGAUCUCAUCAACUCUCCAGUCCUCAUUAGCCCUCACGUGGCUGUAGCCCUGUAUGGAAUUGUCAAAUGCAAUCACGGUUGGAUCUCAGCUCUGAUGUUGAAGGCACCUGAAGAAUUCAACGUGGAGACUAUAGUUGGCUACAUGUCUUUAUACUCACCAGAAUACUCUCGAGCCGUAUUGCAGAAUAUGACGAUUGAGACGUCCAGUGAAGAUCAUGCCAUGUGGCCUGCAUAUUUCGACUAUGCACUGAGCACGUUCUACGCUGGCAUAUUUGGGGUCGAUGCACCCACUGAUGUGGGAGGAGCUCUGCAAGCAUUCACCGGACUGCCUACGUCGACUUACGAACAGGAUCAGUACACACAGGACUCGUUGCAAUUCGCCAUGGAUCGUUCGAACGAGAGCCCAGUCCUGGUUCUUGCCAACGAGCAAGCGACGGUACUGAGCCCUGGUAAAAUGUACGCCGUCAAGAACCCGAGUAGCGGAUCCAACUCGACCGCCCAAUUGUGGCAAGCACCGGGUGCCAUAGGUGAGGAUACGGUGGUGAACGCCUCAAUCUCGCAACUCUUGCAAGAUACCAAAUCGGUCUCACACAUCACGGACUUCAAGCGCUGGGUGCCUAUGGCACGACAGCGAACAUGUUUCAGCCUUUUCUUUGUUACUGAGUCUCUUUUACUUUGUCAACCGUUGAGCAGGAAGCUAGUCGAUGACUUUCGAAGUGCACCAUUUGUAAAAUCUUGUAUUCGUUACGUGCUUUCGAUGAAAUAGAGCAGAACUGCUCAUGCC